CAAUGGCAACCAAAGGUAUGGAGAUCAAUUAAUAUUAUUCUAAAACAAUUACUCAGGAAUUUAAAAUUUCAAAAUCAACGGAAAAAUAUUAGAUCGGAAAACAAAUAUACAUAUAAGGCGUAUGAAUUCUGGAAGGAAAAAAUGAUAAACGAAGUUAUUAUUGCUUGAAAAUCUAAAAUUUUACUAUAUAUCAAGCGCUAUUAUUACCAUUGCAAAAAACGAAAUACAUAGUUUCUAUCAAAAAAUGUCUCAGUCAAAUAUAUUAUGUGAUAUAGAACCAGCGGAUUCAAUGGAGGAAGUUAUUGAAACUGAGCACUUUACUAACAUGAACGUAGCAACGGUUAGUGUAAGAUAUCCACAGUUUGGCAUUUUAGUCAGAGAUGAUCGAUACGAAGAUGGUUCUUCUUCAAGAAAUGAAGGUCCUGAAGAAAUGGUGAUGAGAAACAUUGAUGACGUAUUUAAAAAUGAAGACUUAGUGAUGCAUUCGGAUACUCACCCGCCCAGCCAUAAGGAAAUUAAAGCCGAGAAUGACAGGGAUUAUUUCUUGUAUGCUAGUAAGCAUUCUUUUAACAGCGAUCUCUAUGUGGAAUCAACCAUACCGAUGAACGAAACUUCCAAUAUAUUAACAUCGACGAGGAAGAGAGGAACAGGUGGCAAGCAAUGGAGUCACGUUUCUACUACCAAGACCUUGAAUGCGAAUGUGGUUGAGCAUAUGGAAAAUAUUACCGUAAAUGUUAAUGAUGCUCAUCUCAGUGCGGAACUCAGCAAUAAUAUGUUAGCCUUUAACAAUCAACGUAAUCAUAGACAAAAAUACAUAAACAAAUCCGAAUCACCACAAUUACAUUCGGCCAGCGGACGAAAUGCGAAUGUAAAUAAUGCUAUUUGCUUUAAGUCGGUAGAGCUCAUAGAAGAACCAGUCAAACCGCGUCGCUGGGAGCAAAAACAGGUACAAAUAAAAACCAUGGAAGGUGAAUUUAGUGUGACUAUGUGGGCUUCCGGGAACUCUGACGAUGAGAAUUCAAAUCCAGAAAAUGGAACAGACUAUCCAGAUUUUAUAUCUAGUGAAGAACGAGGUGUAGAAGAAGAAUGCAAUAUUACCGACUCUGUACAAAGGUUUGUGCCUACUGUCGAAUCUAGUGAAUUUCAACAGGAACACUUGUUGCAUAGGCAACUAAUCCUGGAGCAACAGGAAACUCACCCCUCACAAGUUUUGGGGCAAAAUGCCAUCGAUACUGGAGAAUCGACCACUAUCGAAUCAGAUUGCGGUUCUGCUAUGCCCGCAAUAAUAAAUAUAAAUAUAUCUAAUCAUCCGCAUAUGUCAGAGUUUGCAGGACCAAGAACUAUGGACAAUAAAUUAAAGCUUAAAAAGACUGUAUCUAAUAACAAAACAGACACUUUUACCACAUCAGAAGAAAAUAAUGCCAAAAAUGCGGGUUUGCCUGUUUCACGCUCUGCUUUAUUGACUGCUCCACUUAUUCACCCUGCCAAUACUGCUGUGAUUGCGAUGACUAGUAUGGAUGACGGUAGCGUAUCAGCAACAGCCUUACCAGUUGGUGUUGUAUUGCAACAAAAUUCGCAAACUAUUUCUACCUCACCACCCCCCUUAAGUUAUAGUAACAAGAUCAACACUGUACCCACAGAAGGAAACUGCAAUGGGCCUGGAGAAAAACGGAUUGCGUGCCCUCAAAAAGGAUGUUACAAAUUUUUUCGUGAUAAUUCCGCGAUGCGUAAGCAUUUGCAUACUCAUGGGCCGCGUGUUCAUGUUUGUGCUGAAUGCGGAAAAGCUUUUGUAGAAAGUUCAAAAUUAAAGCGUCACCAGUUGGUACAUACUGGAGAAAAACCAUUUCAAUGUACUUUUGAAGGUUGUGGAAAACGGUUUUCUUUGGACUUUAAUUUAAGAACGCAUGUGCGGAUUCAUACUGGCGAUCGACCAUAUGUUUGUCCAUUCGAUGGUUGCAACAAAAAGUUUGCUCAAUCAACAAACUUGAAAUCACAUAUAUUAACACAUGCCAAAACAAAACGAAAUUCACUAGGUUGCAGCCGGAGCAAUAUUAAUAACGAUUCCAGCAGUCCGCUGCAAAUAGCGACCCAAAAUCUUAUAAAAAUUGAACUAAAUGAGGUUGAUUCCAACUCCUCUUACGUUGUAUACACGGAUUAAGAAAUAUUUUCAUUAUCAGAAAACUAAGCAUGGAUACAAAUUAUAGUUUUGCUUCUUGACACACUUCUCAGAGAGUACCAAAAAUGUUAAAACUUCCCUGUUAGUUUCAUGUUUUAGCAUAACGUUAAAGGUAUGAAAGAUUCUUUAAAAGGUUUAUUUUAAUUUUUUCUGCAAUGCUUUUAUAUGAAAAUUACAAUCUUAAUAAGAAGUUUCAACUGCUCGGUCAUGACUUUUUAAAUGUCGCAUUUACUACAUCAUUAGAUUAGGUAUUUGGGAUUAUAAAUUUAAAAGAAAAUUCUGAGUAGUUAUGAAAAAAAGAUCACUAUGUUUGUGCAAAAAUAGUUCCCCGAAACGCAAACAAAAGAAUAAAAAAGAUUUCGGCGUUUACUCAGUUGUGUUUAUCGAGAUAUAUGUCAAACGUAUGUUAUGUUAAAGAUGUCAGCUCCAUAAAUGUAUUUGAAUAUUUAAUUUUAAAAUUUCUUUCAAAUUUUGUUUGAGACACAAAUACGUUAUACAAGUAUUUUUCUUCAAUACUAUUCUGAAUAUUCCUACAGAUUUUCUAAUGAACUGAAAAACAUUAUUUUCCUUUUUGAUUAACAUGAAUUAUACAACAAAUGAGAAAAAUAAAUAUUGAACAUUCUAAAAAUAUAGCUUUUUAAAAGACG